ACUGAGGGCUUUGGAGAGCUGCCCCAAGCGCGAGCAGGGGAAGGGAAGCGGCUCGGCCGUUGCUUGCGUGAAGCGCUCAUGGACGCGUAUCUGGCCAAGGGGCGAGCCCGCCGUGCGCUCCCGUACCCAGUAGAUCAUGGCACGUAGCUGUUGGCCCAGGUGAGCUCCCACCGCUGUUCCAGUUUCGGUGCUGGCCCUCUAGACCUGCUGGAAGGAAACGUGGCCCUCAGCAUGCCUGGAGCAGGUGAUGGACAAGUCUUAUGAAGAAAACAAUCUGAAGACAAUGGAGCUGUGACACCUGAUACCAGCUUGCCAGCCGGAGAUAUGGAAGUUGGAGAGGGCUGCCAGCACACUGGUCCUGAGAUAGUGCCAAAUGGAUAUGCAAACAGGGUUUUCCAAGCAAACAUGGAGGAAGGGAGUACUGAUGCAUUGGAGAGCUGCGGUGCUGAGCGCUGCACCUCCGGUGCUGCAGUCCAGAAUGAACGGGAAGAAGCGCCCCGGUAUAAGAAGAAGGCCAAGGGCAACCGGAUCUGGAAUUUUGUUAGUCGAAGGAAAGGUUCCUCCAUGAACAACAAAAGACCCCAAUCCAUGAUCCUGCUUGGAGUUACCUCCGAGGCCUCAGAAGAAAAAAAAACAUCCUUCAUGGACAGGGUGAGGUCCUUAAAAAAGCUAAGAACCUCCAGCAUGUCUAAGAAUGUAGAUUUGAGAGCAUCCAAAGUUCAGGUUGCUUGUGCCCCUGAGGAGGACCAUCAUGCCAGUGGGCAAAGAGCAGUCUACAGGGUUAAGAAACUGGGAGAGAGUCAGAGGCCUUCCCGCCACUCAUACGCAGGGUACAUUGAUGAUUUGGAUUCUUCUUUUGAAGACGUAGAGCUGAAUAUCAGCAUUCCUGAAAUUGAUGCCAAUGAAAAUAAAUGGCUCAGGGAUAUUAGUGUCAGAUUACAGAGCGAAGAUAAUGAUAGUAGCUGCCAUAAAAUACCAGCUAGAAAGAGUGAGUCUUUGAAUUUUGAAAACUUUAAGAGUUCUGCAAUUACAGAAGGGGACAAUCGAAAGAGGUGUAUUGUGCUCCCGCAGGAGAGCAGAAGAGGAAAAAGCUCUGAUGUUUGGAGCUAUCUGAAAGGAAUUUCAUUAACUAGCAAAGAUAAUUCAAAGCCUCCAGAUCAAAGGGUUGAAACCAAUUUCCAGAACUUAGAAAAUAUAACUGAUAAUUCUACUUCUUAUUUUGACUUUGAUACGAGAUGUGAGGAGAAUCUUAGCCAGCGAAAAAAAUCAAACAGUGCGACCAAAGCGACUCACUUUGGGGGUGUUGUGAGGUUCUUUAACAGUGUUGCUGAGGCAGCUAGGAAGUUGCGAGGCUCUUCAAGGGCAUUUUCACCAGAUGAGAAAAGGCCUCAGUCCAGUUUCAGAAGCCGGAGGCAGGAUGCCACCUCCCACAAAGAGGCCUUGGUUAUUGAGAAUGAGAACGCAAGGGCUUUCUGCACGGUGGGAGCAUCUCUGCAGUCUCCAGACUCGGGCAUCUGGGAUAAUCAGAGUUCUGAGAGUUCAACAGGGAAGGAGCCUGCACAGCAUUGCAAAAACCCAGAGGUAUCACAAGAAAUUGGCUGCUCUGCCCUGGGCAGCGAGAAUGAUAGUUUUAAUGAAACAUCCCUUUCUCCCUUUGGGCCAGAACCAUCCAUCUCCCCCCUGCCAGAGCUUCCAGAUGACUCUUUUACCAUGCUAAAUACUCAAGACCCCUCCGAGGCUCUGCCACAAUUUCCACACGUGACUCUGACUGAACUAGAUACUGAGGAUGUGGGUUGUGCUCUAGUGGAUACCAAAGACAUGGAUCGCUCUCCAGCAGAGGCUCGGGAGCUUUCAAAGACAGAGCUGGAUGUGCAGGACCUGAGAAAUACUGAGCUGCAUUUGAAAGACUUGUCUAUGGAUGAACUGGAGAUUGAGGAUACGAGCAGUACCCCGCAGGAGACACAGGACUUGGGCAGGAAGCUGUCAUGUUCUCAAGAUAUUUCUGUGAAUAAUCUGGGUACUGAGGACCUGGCUAGUUCUCCAGCUGCUCAUCGUGACUUUUCUGCAGUGAUUUCUUUGAAAUGUGCAACAAUUAAAGAGCAAGUUUUAGAGCAGACUGAUUACCCUGUCAAAAAGCAUGGAACAAGCUCACCUGUAGAACAAAGUUCUGUAGAGCUACCUGACAGAGAGGAUGACUUUAACUGCAAUGAAAUGCACCAUCCAUUCCAAAUGAACGUCUGUACAAUCGUCUCCUUUGGCAAGCUCAACAAUGGAAAGCCUCUAUCUCAUCCUCUUCAUCCAUCCCCACAAGCGCCUCCCUUCAAAAUCCUCCUGGAGAGAUGUCGCUCCUUACCCCUCUCCCAGAGCACCCCGAUGGGGCUGGACCAGCUGGGCUGGAGAAGGCGGCUGUUACUGAGCACAGGCGCUGAGAACGACCUGGGUUCAAAGACGCUGGAGGUGCGCAGGGACUGCAGGAACGGCGGCAGCCGGUGGAAACCCCUGAAGCCUGGAGCUGAGCAGCUGCUGGUGGAUAAACUGAUCAGUGGUGGUUCUAUUGUAAGUGCUGAGGCAGUAUGGGAUCACGUCACCAUGGCCAACCGGGAGUUGGCGUUUAAAGCAGGAGACGUUAUCAAGGUCCUGGAUGCUUCCAACAAGGACUGGUGGUGGGGUCAGAUUGAUGAUGAAGAAGGAUGGUUUCCCGCCAGCUUCGUGAGGCUAUGGGUGAACCAAGAGGACGGAGUGGAGGAAGGAACCAGCGAAGUGCAGAAUGGCCAUUUGGAUCCAAGCGCCGACUGCCUCUGUCUCGGCCGGACCCUCCAGAACCGAGACCAGAUGAGAGCCAACGUCAUCAACGAAAUCAUGAGCACAGAGCGCCACUAUAUCAAGCACCUCAAGGACAUCUGCGAGGGUUAUUUAAAGCAGUGCCGGAAGAGGAGGGAUAUGUUCAGUGAUGAACAGCUAAAGGUCAUCUUUGGCAACAUUGAAGAUAUCUACAGAUUUCAGAUGGGUUUUGUCCGGGACUUGGAGAAACAGUACAACAACGAGGACCCCCACCUCAGCGAAAUUGGACCAUGUUUUCUUGAACAUCAAGACGGGUUCUGGAUCUACUCGGAGUACUGUAACAAUCACUUGGACGCGUGCAUGGAGCUUUCCAAGCUGAUGAAAGAUGGCAGGUACCAGCAUUUCUUUGAAGCGUGUCGUCUGUUGCAGCAGAUGAUUGAUAUUGCCAUAGAUGGUUUCCUUCUGACGCCGGUGCAGAAGAUCUGCAAAUACCCCUUGCAGCUCGCAGAGUUACUGAAGUACACCGCGCAGGAUCACAGUGACUACAGGUAUGUGGCUGCCGCACUCGCAGUCAUGAGGAACGUGACUCAACAGAUCAACGAGCGGAAGCGGAGAUUGGAGAACAUCGACAAGAUAGCUCAGUGGCAGGCCUCCGUUCUGGACUGGGAGGGAGACGAUAUCUUGGACCGGAGCUCCGAGUUGAUCUACACGGGGGAGAUGUCCUGGAUUUACCAGCCUUAUGGACGGAACCAGCAGCGCGUUUUCUUUCUCUUUGAUCACCAGAUGGUUCUCUGCAAGAAGGACCUGAUACGAAGAGAUAUCCUGUAUUACAAAGGUCGCAUAGACAUGGAUAAGUACGAGGUGGUGGAUAUAGAGGAUGGGAGAGAUGAUGACUUCAAUGUCAGCAUGAAGAAUGCCUUCAAACUUCAUAACAAGGAGACUGAGGAAAUGCACUUAUUCUUUGCCAAGAAACUGGAGGAGAAGUUGCGAUGGCUCAGAGCUUUCAGAGAAGAAAGGAAGAUGGUACAAGAAGAUGAAAAGAUAGGCUUUGAAAUUUCUGAAAAUCAAAAGCGGCAAGCGGCAAUGACAGUAAGGAAAGUCAGUAAGCAAAAAGGUGUCAGCUACUCCAGGUCGGUUCCUCCAGCCUACCCACCACCCCAGGAUCCAUUAAAUCAGGGACAGUACAUGGUGACAGAUGGCAUAUCCCAGGCCCAGGUCUUCGAGUUCACCGAACCCAAACGCAGCCAGUCACCAUUCUGGCAAAACUUCAGCAGUCGCCAUUGGCAUCCCAGAAUGCUUUCUCGCUUGUGUGAGUUCGUCAUCGAAGCUCCCCGUGGACUGCACUGAGAGUGAGAAUGAGACAUCCAUAAUUUUUAUGAGAAGAUGCUUCCUAAAUAUUCAGCACUAGGAAAAACGAAACACCACCGCCACACCAUUAUUUGCGUCAUAAAUCAAGACUCGCUCGAUCUGACAAGGCCACUUGUUGGACUCGCAGCUCCUUUCUUAAACGGAAAGCCAAGCCCAACUAGCGUUGCUAGCCCUUGCCCCAGCCAGGUGGCCGGCCAAGCAGAUGCAGGCGUUUGCUGCAGAGGACAGAGGGGCUUGGCUCUCAGUCAGGACAUCCGAGCAAGCUCUUCCCCUCCAUAAAUUGCCACGGUGCUGCAAGAGAUGGCGCGUUAUCGCAAAGAAGAACCAGCGCCGGCCCCACUUUUGCUGCCCGCCGCGGCUUUCCCGCUAGGGAGCAGGGCCGGGCUGCGGCUCCAGCGCUCCGGACGCCGCGCCGCCGCAAGCGGGGCCGGGUAGUUUUGCCUGAGCAGCCGAUACCGACUUUAUUUCAAUGCCAGACAGGAGGAACCCACACACCAUCCCAUACGCAGAAAACAAGACAGUUGUAACAAACGUUUACGGUAUUUCUCUGGCUGAAACUAUAUAUAUAUAAAUAUAUAUAUAAAAAAAUAAUUUAAAAAACCCCUCCUCCCUAGGUAAAUGACUUGCAUCACCCCUUGACCUAGCCACUAGAACAGAGGAUCUAAAUUCAAGACUUUCGCCUCCCCACCCUCUCCAAAAAGCUCAGACGAGAACCAACCUAGGUGCAUCUAACAGUUGUAAAUAGAGAAUAAUACAUAGAAAAAUAUAUUUGAAAUUUUGUUUCAGUUUCUGGAUGGUCACCAGCCGUCCAUUGCAAUGUUAUUGAUAGUACACUGUGGUGCUUUGGGUUUUCUGGUUUUGUUCUCUUUAUGCUCUGUCAUCUUUUCAUUGCAGCUACAUUUCAGGGAACAUGUAUAUUUAGUAGCUAUUGUAAGUUCUGCAUGGCAUCACCAAGCUUAUUUUUCCUUGAGAAGAAAAGAAGAGUCUGUAGGAGUUUAAAGGCACUAUGACGACAGGGACUUGUAGCAGAGAAUUUAAAAAAAAAAAAAAAGGUUUUUAAAAUUCUAGUUUGAAGCCAAAUACUGAUAUUUUAGUGCUUUUGGGGUUUUAACAGUAAGAGCAAAAAAAAAAAAAAAAGAAAAAAAAGAAAAAAAAAAGGAUUUUGGUAACCCAGCUGAUCCGCACUUGCCAGUUUUAUUAUUUUGUUUAUAUUGGACUGUUUGACCCUGUCAAACAAGUGUCAAAGUUGUGUGUAUAAAACAAAAAAAAAAGUGUUUAAAAAAAAGUGUUGUAAAGACACUGAGCCUUAUGAAAAUAUUUAUGGAAUUAAAUAAAAAGAAGUGAAAAGGCA